CUAAACGGAAUUGUGCAGCCACACCCAGGGAAAGGCGAUGCAGUGACCCUCCCAGGGCGUUGGUUGGAGAAUUAAAAAUCUCACAUCACAGACUGGAGUUUAAACCGGGACUCAGAAACGUUUCUCCUUCAACAGAAUCAUGGAAGAAUUAUCUUUGGAAGAUGCUUUGGGUCCUGAUUUUUCAAAUGCUAACAAACUCCAUUCUGGUGGUGUAAAUCCACAACCUGGAUGGCCAGCCCCACAGCCUGGAUGGCCAGCCCCACAGCCUGGAUGGCCAGCCCCACAGCCUGGAACCUGGCCUGGACAAGAAGGCCCAUAUGCUCCCCCUAUGCCUGCUCCUUUUGGUUCACCUGGAGCCCCUAAUCAGCCUGGUCAAGGAGGCACUGCAUUGCCAGUGCCUUAUGAUCUUCCUAUACCAGGAGGUUGGCAGCCACAGAGAAUGGUCAAGAUAGUUGGAACUGUCAAAAUGAAUGCUGAAAAAUUUGUCAUUGAUGUGUACUCUGGCCAGGAUAUUGUGUUUCAUUUCAGCGCUCGUUUUAGGGAGGCUGGCUUUCAUCAAGUAAUGGUUCGUAAUUGCAGGAUUGGUAAUGCUUGGGGUGGAGAAGAAAGGGAUGCACCAAAGUUUCCGUUCAAAUAUGGAGAACGAUUUGAAGUUCUGAUUCUUGGUGAACCAAACCAAUAUAAGGUGGCUGUGAACAAUCAACAUUUGUUGGAGUUCCAGCAUCGUUAUAAAACUUUGCAAGAUGUUACGAAGGUUUCCAUCUAUGGUGAAAUUGAUCUACAUGCAGUGUUCGUGAUGUAAAUGCCAAAAAGUUAUUUGAAUAUUAUUACCAGCACUUCCUGAAUAUAUCCAUCUAUAUUUUUCAGUUAAUUAUUUACUAUUGAAACUAAUGGUUGAUUUGGAUUGAUUAGAAAGCUGUAACGUAAUUGAGUAUUCUGAUGGAUUCCCAAAUUUAGAAUGAAACAUUUUAUUAUUUGCAAUACUGCUGUCACUAAAUUUGUCGGAGAAUCCAGGAAGUUGUAAAAACAGGCCAUCCAGACCAUUGAGUCAAUGGCAGUAUUUUCCCCAAAUGAAAUGGCUUACUUUUCCCACUUUGUACUUGUUUCAUUACUCUUUAAUGCUCCCUUUUUUCAAGCAAUAUCUAAUUGCUUUCACAAUAACUCAUAGACUUUUCUUCAUGAUUAUGAAGGUCACAUUUCACACAAUAUUUUUUUCCACCCCCUAUUUUUCUUGUGUUUGCAUUUAAACUUGUCUGCUCUAGUAAUUUAUCAACCAAUACAAUCAAUUUGUUAUUACUUAUCUUUAUUGUUAACCCUAUAAGACCUUGAACAUCCUAUCUUAAUAAUUGGAAAUGAAACCUGGCAUCAUUUCAGUGAAUUUAUGCUGCAUAUCUUCCCAUACUUUCAUAUCUUUGCAACUACACACAGUACUCCACCUACAGCUUAAAUAGCAAUGCAUUUGUUCAUCCAAAGUCCUCAGAUUAUUGCAGCUAGAGCUGACUCCACCACAGCUAUUCUUUUCUGUAAUGUAUGAAGCUUUGUAACUUUGUGUAGCCCAUCAUGGUACCAUGACUUCAGUGUUUUCCAAAUGUAGCAUCAUCCAAAUAUGCCUUGUGUGACUGAAUAUCUGAGUGCAGUAAUGGCCCAGAAUUUCCAAUGGCCAGAGUGCUCCUUUGACAGCAAUAUGUUAGUUGUGCCAGGACCACGCAGAAAUUCCAAUGCAGCUAACUCUAAAGGGAAUGCCCUGGAAAUUCAAAGUUCUGAUCGGUAAAUCCCCUGUAUCUGGAGCACUCCAAAAAGAUGCUCUUUGAAUUCAGAAUUCAGAGGGUUCCAACUCACCUAAGCUUAAUAGCUCCCCAGGAAAGUUUGGAGGAUUAAAAACCGACUCUAACUUCUGGGUAACUAUUAAACUGAAUCCCUGACUAAUCACUGCCACCCCCAUCUACGCUCUCCAAUCCUUAGGGUCCCCUUCAAUCUGACAUUCCACACAAUCCCAGCCUGAUCCUGCCAGGCUGAUAACCAUCCUGCGUCAUUACGCAAACUACUCGAAGCAUUCAUCGAGUUAGCUGGCACCCAGCUCUGCCUCAGCCAACUGGCACCUUGCCCCUAGACCCACCUCCAACUCAAAUGCCCCUCAACGUCUCACCUACCUGCCACUGUACCCCCUAAACCACCUGGCGAUGACCAAACCCCCACCCCCACCCCCACCCCCCUAUCACCUUCAUAUAUUAGCUACCCACUCUCUUACCCAUUUCCCUCCCAUCCCAAACGUUUACCUUUCCUCAUUCACUGUCAUGGUGACUUUGGAGCCUUGAAUAAUCCAGCAAUAAGCACAAUAAGAAAGGAGUGAGUUUUGACUUGCCAGUCUGCUCCUGUGACAAGUGGAACUCUCCCCGGUUUCCACUGACGCAUGCAUUUGGGAGUGGCCAGACUCUGAAAUCUAGCCAGAUAAACCGUCAAUAGAUAAAUAGGUGACAAAUGGAGAGAAAUGGUCAAUCAAACCCAGUCUGACUCUAAUCUGAAAAUCUGGGCCAGUUCUGUGACUUAAAAUUAAGGAAUUGAUCAUGUGUAUAGAUUGACCAAACUUUAUGUUUGCUGACCUAAUAAAUAAAAUUGAGCAAAGUA